UAGCGAGGUUAUUAUGUUUUGUUGAAGUGAGUGAGUGUGACUCUUCAUGGCUCUCCCCUCUCCUUGUACCCCAGCGUGAAAAUGAACGUGUGAAGAGAAGGCAAAUAAGAGAAAAAUAAUAAGGAAACAAAGAAGUGUAAAUAAACAGAGAACUAGAGAGAGAAGAGGAGGAAGCAGGAGGAAAUAGUGAGGAAUAACGAAGCAUAUAUAGAAGAAGUGAAAAGUUAAAGGAGACGAGAAAGAAGAGGAAGAAAAAUAUGAGAGAUAACCAGAAAGGGGGAAGAAAGGAAGACUAAGAUAAGAAGGAAGAAGAUAAAAGAAGAGAAGUAAAGAUGUCGAUGGGAUUAGGAGACAGCAAUACCUUGAUUAAUGGAGAUGGCGGUCGAGUCUCUGUCUUCUGGCUGUCGCGGACGGAUUUCGAGAAAAAAUUGUUGGUGACUGUGGUGGUGUUAUCCGCAGCUGUUUUGUCACUUAUCAUUGCCCUGGCUAUUGUCGCCUCAAAAGACUCAGGAAAUGUCCAGUUACAGUCACUCGCCUCUCACUUGGACAACAAGGUCGUGAACUUCCCUGAUCGCCUCCACGGGCUCACCACAACCACCGAUAGCUACGCCUACACACCCACAUCGUCUACGCCUGACGACUAAUGAAAAACAACCUCCCAUCUUUUCCACCCACAGUUGAAAUCAAACACCCACCUGCUUCCUUUAACCCUUCUUGCAUGUGUACAGUUCCACCCAAGAGGUCACAUCUCCCCGGAGUUUACUUUUUUUUACAGUUUUCUACAGAUACGAGAAUAUAAACACGUAACUCCUUCCCUUGCCCUCCUGCCUUGACCUGCACUUGUAUCGCUGUGUAGUAUAUAUAUAAAACAUUAAAUAGCUUAUCAAUUGUUUCA